AUGCAGCAACCCGAUCUGAGCUUCAUCGGGACGGAUAUCGAUCUAAAGAAUAAGGCCACGCACUUCCUCUCCGAUUUUGCCCUCCAAUCCGAGGAGGCCAUUCUGCGAGCCGAACGCAGCCUCGACGCCAUCGACUUGAAACUGGAGAUCCUUGAGACGAAGAUCAGGAAAUUUCCUACGCCCACCUCCUCCGAAGCCCCGUCCACUUCAAAUGGCACCACCAACGGCGUGCCGCCCGUCAUCGUGGUCCAAGAACACAAGGAUGGACACCCGGCCCCGCAACCAGCUGAAGCUGCCCCUGAGAAGGUAGAAACUGCGGAACGUGCAAAGUUGACCAAUCCGCUGUUGGAGAAGUAUCUAAAAAUGCUGAAAUUGGGUAUCCCACGCGGGGCCGUCGAGCAGAAAAUGUUGACGGAAGGGCUGGAUCCAGCGCUGCUUGACCCCUCGGCCCACACUGCCGCUGUAGCGCCUCCGCCAGCCAGCCAAUCAGAUGAUGACACCUCGGAUGAAGCAUCUUCGUUCUCGGAUUCGGAU